CAGAACUCCCACUAUCAUCUACCCCACACCCUGGGGUUGAAUUGUCCGAGCAUUCGAAGACGUUUUGCCACGUCGCUCUCAAUGCUAACGCGCCUUCUCAAGAUAGACCCUUUCUCCCGCCGGAGCUAGGGAGAUGAAUUCUGGUCGUCAUCAGGAUAUCUGCAACUCGGCCGGUUGCUAGUGCGCAUCACCUAACGGAGUGUGAUAUUCCAAGUCCGUGAGGUCCCUCAAAAGAAUCCGGGACGUAGCGCGGUCGAAAUAUAUAUACCGCCAUGCCUAAAGACCUGCCAGCUGUCAGUGCAUCCUCUUACAAGCUCUCGACUAAUGGCCUGGUUUCUCGGCACCUCUGCGCUCGCCCCUCGCUUCACUCCCACCGAGGCCGACUUGGCGUUGAAGGCCGAAGAACAGAGGGAAUAUGUGAAGGAUCUAUGGAUCUUCCUUGCCAGCGUUGUCGCUUUCCUGACUAUUGUCCGUGCACUACGCUUGGUUCUCUCCCUGGUCAUCCGCCCUCGCUCGGUCGCGUCUCUGCUGUCGGAGAAGAGCGGCGCUGAGGUUAUACAAGCCGGGCGCAAUGGCAAAGUCUCUCUCAGAAGACUGCCUGCGGCUUUCGCUUCGGCUUUCAGGAUCGUCGCCUUUCGUCUGAGCCUGCCCAUAGGCCCAGGUUCCGUCGCCUCGGUGGCUGAGUUGACCUUCAUCUUCGGCUACAUCGCAGUGAUGCUAGUCAUUCUUUUGAUCAACACUGGGGAUCUUGAUUCCUGGUUCUACGAGGAUCGAGCAGCUCAUUUGGCAUCUUGCCAACUGCCGCUGGUGGUUGCGCUGGCUGGGAAGAACAACAUCAUCUCGUGGCUCACGGGUGUAAGCCACGAAAAGUUGAAUAUUCUUCACCGAGCUGCCGCGAGGACAUGCCUUAUGUUGUUGUGGUUGCACGCGAUUGCUCGUGCCUCAAACGGUCUGCCAGAGCAAUUCGAUUUCACCCAUGGUUGGAUGAGAUGGGGUGCAACGGGCUUGACGGCGUUCACACUCGCCGCUAUCCUGUCGCUGCGCCCUAUCCGGAACGCGUUCUUCGAGUUCUUCUUGAUCUCACACAUCGUCCUCAUCGGGAUCUUCCUGAUUGCCGGCUUCCUGCACACGCGUCACCCUGGCUUCGGCGACUACGUAUGGCCUGCACUCGUUGUCUGGGCGUUUGAUAGGGUUUUCCGUGCCGCCCGGCUCGCGUGGAACAACCGCUUCGGGAUUUCGAAGAGCGAACGGCACCGCACGGCGACUGUCGAGCUCAUUACUCCGGACACUGUCCGGCUCACUCUGCGCCGGUGCUUCAAAUGGCAACCGGGCCAACACGCCUACGUCAUCCUGCCAACAGUCAGCGCCCUUCCUACUGAAGCGCAUCCCUUCACCAUCGCAAGCAUCCCGGAUUCGCUGGACACAAAGGGCGAAUCGAAAGACAGAGACGUCGUGUUCCUUAUUCGCGCUAGGGAAGGCUUCACUGGCCGUCUUAGGGACCUUGCGGCGAACAGUGGUGUUUGCACUGUUCCUGCCAUCGUGGAUGGCCCAUAUGGAUGUCCCCCGGACCUGACACAGUUCACAACAUCUAUCCUCAUCGCUGGUGGCUCUGGUGUCUCAUACACUCUGCCAUUGCUGCUUAACCUAGUCCGUCAAACACGCCUAGGCAAGUCAGCAGUCCAGCGGGUGGUGUUUGUUUGGUCUGUCCGUGAGGCAGAUCACGUCAGGUGGAUAUCACAGAUUCUAAGCGAAGCGUUGGCUGUCGCACAAUCUACCGGCCUUACCGUGGACCCACGAGUAUACAUCACUGGUUCUACCCCUCCUACUCCCCCGCUUCCUGCCUUGGGAUACUCCGAGUCCGACCGGGGAAGUGUCAACAUGGAAUCUCCGAUUUCAGAAAAAGACGUGAAGAUGGCCCUGCCCGCGUACUCCGCCCUGCGUAUCCUUCACGGUCGCCCGAGUAUCCGCAAGGUCCUUCAAGAGGAGAUUGGCGUGUCAACUGGUCCAGUGUCCGUAGACGUUGCUGGACCCUCUGCGCUUUCACAAUCUGUGGCUCAGGCCUUGGCCUCCGAAAUCACCAGUCCUAUGAGCGUCCUCCGAGGAGCGCCCUCGGUCAGCCUGCACGUCGAGACCUUCGGCAUGACCCGAUGAUAUGCUUUUAUAUAUCCUGUAUCCAUAGACGCUAUUACUUGUAGUAUGCCUUGACGUGUACCCUGAUGUGUAUCAACCUGCACUCUAUGCGACCGGUAUUGUGCUCUGUACGAGUCCAGGCUUCCAUUGAUGUUAUCCCGCGAUGAUGUUGCAGCUACCGCUUUUGGGAACCAAGGCCGACUUCCUGCUUCUCCGCUCCUCGGGAAAUGUGAUGGCAGUUUCCCAAAACUCUGACUGUAUGGUAUAUCUGUUCGGUAUCCUCCAGAUACGGGCACGCGUGUUUCCGUCGUGUUCCUUCUGCCUUCUCCGCUUGACACUGCUCGCAGACCUGCUUGAAGCACACUUUAUCUUGUCGCCGACGCGGACACGUACAUCCUUCUGCAAGUCCCGAGAAAAUGGCACCCGCUAGUGUUUACAUUGGUGGACUCUCUGAGGCCGUCACUCGCUCGGAACUGAACGAUCAUCUCUCUGUCUAUGGCAAGGUUACGGCACUAAACAUCCACAAAGGAUACACGUUUGUAGAAUUUGGAUCUGAAACGGUGCCCUAGGACUUCGUCUCCGCAUAUGCAAACCAACCUUUCAUGGGAACAGUUUGCAAAAUUGAAGUUGCGAAGCAACCGCGCCGUCAGUCCAAGGCUGGCAGCUCGACGCGUACAACCAGGGAAAAUGCCGGGACAGAAACUAGGUUGGUAGAAUCUGGCUCCGUUACUUAGUAGGCAGGCAAUGUACGUGCAUAUACCCAGGUCACCCCCAGGGAUUAGUCGAGUACGUUACCCUAUCGUCGUCUACAAUCUCAAUCCGCAAACAUGCUGGCAAGUAAGUCUAAUCUUU